AUGAAAAAACAACAGAAGAUUCCUAAUAACACAGCUAGCAGUCAAAGAAAAACUGUUGAAUCAAAAACAAAAGGACAAUUAAUUAAUCAAAAUAAAACUGGAGAAAAAAGUGAUAAAUUAAGUAAAGAUGAAAGGAAUAAUAGAAGAAAAUCAUCAGAAUUAUCAGCAGCAAUAAAGGAAAAAUUAAGGGAGGAUGGAAAGGAAGAAAGGAAAAACAGUAAAAAAGGAAACGAGAAGAAAGAACAUAAAAAGAAUAACGAAGAAAAAAUAAGAAAAACAACCAAAAUUCGAGAUAAACCAAAAGUUGAUGAAGAGUUGAAUAAAAAGAAGGAAGAGGAAAUAGUAUAUGAAGAUGAUUUUGAAGACUAUGAAAGUGAUUUUGAAGAGGAUAUGGAGGAGAAUGAGGAAGCAAAAGAUGAUCGAGUAGAAGAGGAGAAGGAAGAAGAAUCUAUUUUGCGCAAAAAACUAACAGGGAAUAAUAGAAUAAAUAUUAUUGAUAAUGAAAGGAUAAAGGUUGAUAAAGAGGAUAUUAAUAAAGAAAGGGAAGUUCUACCAGAUCAAAGGGAAAUUGCUAUUCCACAGGAAAGAUUUAUCGAAGAAAAUGGAAAAAAUGAUCAGGAGUGGUUCGUGGAUUAUUUUAAAGAAGUUACAGGACAAAAUUUACAUAGAAGACAAGUGUUUACCCAGACUGAAGGAUCAGAAUUGAAUGCUUACAGUCAAACCGAAUUUAAAGAAAAGGAAACUGUGGGGAUUCAGACUGGAAAAUACAAUAGCAAAGCAGCUAGUAAUUCUCAAAAAUCAGAAGAUAGGAAAAAUGCUGGGUUGGCUCGUUUCGUAGAAGAGGCCGGCCAGCUUUUGAUUGGCCUCCUUCAACAAACGACUCCUUCAAACCUCGAGAAAGUCUCUUCAGUAUUUAGUUCUCGACGCUUAAAUUUAUCCUUAAAUUCUAUCUUUACUGAGAGUUCAGAAAAUAGGAUAUCAGCAAUCACCUUUAAGGUCUGUUCGGUGACAUGACAAUGGACAGUGAGACAAUCUAACAUAAGACAAUUGGACAAAAGCUUAUUUGAUUUAAGGACAGUCGAGCUGACGACAAUUGGACAAAGGACAAAUUGUCUUACUGUCCUCUUGUGUGGCCCUAAUUCAUUUUCUUUUCUAUUUAGAAUACGCAGACAAUCUGCAUUAGCGUUUUUGUGGC